AUGCGUUCCAAGCUCAUUGCAGCGGUGCUCGUCGCACCAGCUCUGAUCGGUGCUCUUCCGGUUGCGACUCCAGAUGCCAAAAUCGUUCUCAACCCCGAUACGUUCUCUCCUCCGCAGUUUGCUGGCCGCCCCAUGCCGGCCGAACAUACUUCACCCCACCACUUCGCCGACGGGGUGACCGACGAAGGCUUGAAAAGAAUGAUGGGGUCCCGUGACAAGAAAUUAGCUACCCCCAAAGAAGAAAUCAUUGUUCAUUCCUACCGCCCAUUUGCAGAUCCCACUAAUGGGAAGGAGCAUGGGCACUUUGAACUCUUUGAGGGUGGCCGGAAGGUCCAUUCGAGAGGUUUCCGUCAGGAAGUGAGAACCGCCGACAACACGGAAAGACCCCGCCCGGAUGACCAUCACUUGGGCCCAAAGAUUGGCACUCCCAUUAAUGCAAGAGCCACCGACAACACUGGAGGCCUUCCGCACCCGAAUGGGCAUCUUCUCCCCCCGAAGAUUGGCACCCCAAUUGAUGCGAGAGCCAUCGAUAACACCGAAACCCGUCCCUAUCCAGAUGAUCACCACCCGGGUCCAAAGACUGGCACUCCUAUCAAUGCGAGAGCCAUCGAUUAUACCGAAAGUAUUUCGCGCCCGAAUGGACAUCUCCUACCUCCGAAAAUUGGCACCCCCAUUGAUGCGAGAGCCAUCGACAACACAGACAGACCUCGCCCGAAUGACCACUACUUGGGUCCUGAGAUUGGCACUCCCAUCAAUGCGAAGCGCGAAAAGCGAAAAGAGUCUGAUGGUCUAGAAAUUCCAGUGGAGCUUCCUAUCUCCUCGGAUUAUUAUCCUGAUGAGUUUGAUGAGCUCGAGGAAAUGCCACUGGACCUUCCUAUUCCCUCGGAUUAUGAUUAUGAAGAGUUUGAUGACCUCGAGGAAAUGCCACUGGACCUUCCUAUUCGGUCGGAUUAUGAUUAUGAAGAGUUUGAUGACCUCGAGGAAAUGCCAGUGGACCUUCCUAUUCGGUCGGAUUAUGAUUAUGAAGAGUUUGAUGACCUCGAGGAAAUGCCAGUGGACCUUCCUAUUCGGUCGGAUUAUGAUUAUGAAGAGUUUGAUGACCUCGAGGAAAUGCCAGUGGACCUUCCUAUUCCCUCGGACUAUUAUCCCGAGUCUUCGGAUCACGAGGAUUCUAGGUAUAUCCCUGCAACGCCUGGUGACAGAAACAGCCGCCGUCCGGGUCGGCUUGCGGGACCUCCUUAUCCUUGUGCCAGACCGCUAUACUUCAAUGUGACUGGCUUUAACACCACCAUCAAUGGAACUGCCUUUAACAACACCAUCAAUGGGACCAUAUUUAACAACACCAUCAACAGGACUGCAGUAAAUAUCACCAGCUGCUUUGAGGAGGAUACCAGCGACUUUGAGGAACCUUCCGAGGCCUGGAAGAAGCAGGUAUGGGGGAGAAAGGCCAGGGAGGCAGAUGCCAGAGCGAAGAAUCCCCACGUUCCCGCCCUCGCCAACCCCAAAGCCAAAUCCAAACCCGUUUCUAAUAUCGAGGAAUACGCUUCGGAGCAUUUCGACUACUUGAAAGAUCCGUUCAAAACUCCGUCUCCCUUUGAGCAAGAUAAGGCGUGGUCCGAGGAUCUGUUCAAAAAGCUCGGCAAGCCGAGACACUCUCUUUACUGGGCACAACGUGGCGUUGAAGACAUCGAACCCCCGAAGCGGGAGCCCGGCCACGAAUGGCCCGAAACUCGCCAUCCGAAGGAUAUUGUCGCCGAAACGGGGUUUGAUCAGGGUGAUGGCUGGAAGACCGACUACUGGCAGAACGGCGUCUGGGGCCAGCCAAGAGUUCCGAAUGGGCGCAAGCCGUACUGGACCGCCGACGGAAAUCCAGUGUAUUAG